AGGACGGCUUCCGGAUUUGGCGGGGUCUUUGUCUAUAGCUGCAGCUGGAGCUCCAGGUCUUGUCUUAGGUGCUGUGUGUCUUCUGCUCCUAGAGGCCCAGCCUUUGUGGCCCUGUGACCUGCAGGUAUUGGGAGAUCCACAGCUAAGACCCCAGGACCCUCUUGAAGCCUAGAAAUGGGGCCAUUGCAAUUUAGAGAUGUGGCCAUAGAAUUCUCUCUGGAGGAGUGGCAUUGCCUGGACACUGCACAGCGGAAUCUAUAUAGGAAUGUGAUGUUAGAGAACUACAGAAACCUGGUCUUUCUUGGUAUUGUUGUCUCAAAGCCAGACCUCAUCACCCGUCUGGAGCAAGGAAAAAAACCUUCGACUAUGAAGAGAUGUGAGAUGGUAGCCAACCCCUCAGUUUUAUGUUCUCAUUUUACCCAAAACCUUUGGCCAGAGCACAGCAUAAAAGAUUCUUUCCAAAAACUGAUACUGAGAAGAUAUAAAAAAUGUGGACGUGAUAAUUUACAGUUAAAAAAAGGCUGUAAAAGUGUGGAUGAGUGUAAGGUGCACAAGAGAGGUUAUAAUGGACUUAACCAAUGUUUGACAACUACCCAGAGCAAAAUGUUUCAAUGUGAUAAAUAUGGGAAAGUCUUUCAUCAAUUUUCAAAUACAAACAGACAUAAGAUAAGACAUACUGGAAAAAAACCUUUCAAAUGUAUAGAAUGUGGCAAAGCGUUUAAUCAGUCCUCAACCCUUACUACACAUAAGAAAAUUCAUACUGGAGAGAAACCCUAUAAAUGUAUAGAAUGUGGCAAAGCCUUCAACCGGUCCUCACACCUUACUUCACAUAAGAUAAUUCAUACUGGAGAGAAACGGUACAAAUGUGAAGACUGUGGCAAAGCCUUUAACCGCUCCUCUAACCUCACUACACAUAAGAAAAUUCAUACUGGAGAGAAACCCUACAAAUGUGAAGAAUGUGGCAAGGCCUUUAAGCGCUCCUCUAUCCUUACUACACAUAAGAGAAUUCAUACUGGAGAGAAACCCUACAAAUGUGAAGAAUGUGGGAAAGCCUUUAAGUACCUUUCUUCCCUUUCUACACAUAAGAUAAUUCAUACUGGAGAGAAACCUUACAAAUGUGAAGAAUGUGGCAAAGCCUUCAACUGGUCCUCACACCUUACUACACAUAAGAGAAUUCAUACUGGAGAGAAGCCCUACAAAUGUGAAGAAUGUGGCAAAGGCUUUAAGUAUUCCUCUACCCUUACUAAACAUAAGAUAAUCCAUACUGGAGAGAAACCCUACAAAUGUGAAGAAUGUGGUGAAGCCUUUAAGUACUCCUGUUCCCUUACUGCACAUAAGAUAAUUCAUACUGGAAAGAAACCUUACAAAUGUGAAGAAUGUGGCAAAGUGUUUAAGCAUUCCUCUCCCCUUUCUAAACAUAAGAGAAUUCAUACUGGAGAGAAACCCUACAAAUGUGAAGAAUGUGGCAAAGCUUUUAAUCAUCCUGCAACCCUUUUUUCACAUAAGAAAAUUCAUACUGGAGGGAAACCAUACAAGUGUGAUAAAUGUGGCAAAGCCUUUAUUUCAUCCUCAAACCUUACCACUCAUUCCAGAAUUCAUGCUAGAGUAAAUUUCUACAAAUGUGAAGAAUGUGGAAAAGCCUUUAACUGGUCCUCAAACCUUACUAAACAUAAGAGAAUUCAUACGGGAGAGAAACCCUACAAAUGUGAAGAAUGUGGUAAAGCCUUUAACCAGUCCUCAAACCUUAUUAAACAUAAGAAAAUUCAUACUGGAGAGAAACCCUACAAAUGUGAAAAGUGUGGAAAAGCCUUUAAUCAUUUCUCACACCUUUCUACACAUAAGAUAAUUCAUACUGGAGAGAAACCUUACAAAUGUAAAGAAUGUGGUAAAGCUUUUAAGCAUUCUUCAACCCUUACUAAACAUAAGAUAAUUCAUACUGGAGAGAAGCCUUACAAAUGUAAAGAAUGUGGAAAAGCUUUUAACCAAUCCUCAAAACUUACUGAACAUAAGAAAAUUCAUACUGGAGAGAAACCCUAUGAAUGUGAAAAAUGUGGCAAAGCUUUUAACCAGUCCUCAAAUCUUACUAGACAUAAGAAAAGUCAUACUGACGAGAAACCUUACAAAUGUGAAGAAUGUGGUAAAGGUUUUAAAUGGCCCUCAACCCUUACUAUCCAUAAGAUCAUUCAUACUGGAGAGAAGCCAUACAAAUGUGAAGAAUGUGGCAAAGCUUUUAACCAAUCCUCAAAACUUACCAAACAUAAGAAAAUUCAUACUGGAGAGAAACCCUACACAUGUGAAGAAUGUGGCAAAGCCUUUAACCAGUCCUCAAACCUUACUAAACAUAAGAGAAUUCAUACUGGAGAUAAACCUUACAAAUGUGAAGAAUGUGACAAAGCUUUUAAAUGGUCCUCAGUCCUUACUAAACAUAGGAUAAUUCAUACGGAGAAAAAUUGCAAAUGUGAAAAUUAUGGCAAAGCUUUUAACCAAUUUACAAAUCUUACUAAACAUAAGAAAAUUUAUACUGGAGAGAAACUACUAAUGAAAGAUGUGACAAUAAUUUUGACAACACCUCAAACUUAUAAUCAUAAAAGUAAUCAUACUGGUGAGAAAUUCUAAAAAUGUGAAGAAUGUGGGAAAGUCUUUAAGUGGUUGUCACACUUUAUUUUAGGUAAGAUAAUUCAUACUGGAACAAACUACAAGUGCAAACAAUGUGGCAAAACUUAAUUUAUGCUCACACCUUAUUGCACAGAAAAGAAUUUUUAGUUGAGAAAAAGUAUACAAAUAUAAAGAAUGUGGAAAAGCCAUUAAU